AUGCCUUCAGCCAUCACAACUGGGAGGCCUACAAUCACGAAGUUCACUAAUUGUAGAUUACUGAAGGGCGAUCAGUUGGUCAACCAAGAUCUCUGGGUUUCGUCUAGUACUGGAAAAAUCGUGCGAAGUCAAGAGGCAUUUUACAGUGAACAUUCGGUUCCGGACAUCACAAUAAAUCUCAACGGACGUAUUAUAUCGCCAGGUCUGAUCGACGUCCAACUCAACGGCGCCUUUGGAUUCAACUUUUCUUCAAUACCAGAAGAUCCUUCAACUUACGGAAAACUUCUUAGACAAGUCAAUAAGUCUUUGGUACAAACCGGUGUCACUUCAUACCUCCCUACACUCACCUCGUCAAAUAAAGAUGUUUACCAUCAAGCGCUUCCUCACUUGGGUCCUUCUGGAAGAUAUCGUGUAGCUUCGGAUGGUGCUGAAUCGCUUGGUGCACACUGCGAAGGUCCUUUUAUAAGUCCUACGAAGAACGGCAUACAUCCUGUGGAAGUGCUUGUACCCGCGCCGAAUGGAUUUAGCGACCUCGAGGAUAUAUAUGGAGUGGAAAAUAUCAGUUCUACUAUCGAUCGCGAUGGAAACAUUGCACCACCAAGAAUAAGGAAAAUCACUGCAGCGCCAGAGAUUGCAGCAAUGACAAACACAAUCCAGGAGAUCACUUCAAGAGGGAUUGUCUAUUCUAUCGGACAUACCGAAGCGACAUAUGAGGAGGCUUCCGCUGCAGUCGCGGCUGGUGCAACCAUGAUAACCCACCUAUUCAACGCCAUGCGACCAUUACACCACAGAAAUCCAGGAGUGUUCGGUGUCCUUGGACGAGCUGAGAGUCUACCUCGGCCAUUCUUUGGGAUAAUCGCCGAUGGAAUCCAUCUUCAUCCCACAAGCAUCAAGAUCGCAUUUAACGCACAUCCAGAGGGAUUCAUCUUAGUCACAGACGCAAUGCAUCUUGUUGGACUUCCUGAUGGGGUAUAUGACUGGGGUAAUGGUGAGCGACUUGUGAAGUCGGGACCAAAGUUGACAUUGGAGGGCACUGAUAAGAUUGCGGGAAGCUCAAUUUCCUUGAUCGAGUGUGUUAACAACUUUCUUAACUGGUCCGGGGCUAGCAUUCCGCAGGCACUAAAAGCAGUCACGUCAACACCGGCUGCGAUGUUAAAUCUUCAAGGCGUCAAGGGGUGUCUUGAUAGUGAUGCUGAUGCUGAUCUUACCAUACUGGACGAGCAAGUCGAUUCGAGCGGAUUCAAGAGUUUGGUUGUUGAUCAGGUGUGGAAGUUUGGAAGUAAGGUUUUUGAUAGAGAAGAAUAA